CCCACCCCUACUCUUUGUUAUGUGUGAGGACAAUAAGCCCAGCAAAAUUAUACUCCCAGAUUAAGCACCGCCUUCCCGAUCCAGCCCACCGGUUCUUCCCUAAUUCCGAAAUCAGAUUCAGAAUUAGGGCAAAGAUUCUAAGAAAUGUUCAUCGAAUCCUAACCAGAAAGGCUUAUCGUUAACCAGAGCGAUGGUGUGCAUUCGCAAGGCGACGAUCGAUGAUCUACUGGCAAUGCAGGCGUGCAAUCUGAUUUGCUUGCCGGAGAACUACCAGAUGAAGUACUACUUCUACCAUAUCCUUUCAUGGCCGCAGCUACUUUAUGUGGCUGAGGACUACAACGGAAAAAUCGUAGGCUACGUGCUUGCCAAGAUGGACGAAGAGACCACCGAGAGCCAUGGUCACAUCACCUCCCUCGCGGUUCUUCGCACCCACAGAAAACUCGGCAUUGCCACCAAGCUCAUGACUGCUGCUCAGAACGCAAUGGAACAGGUAUUUGGAGCAGAAUAUGUGUCAUUGCAUGUUAGGAAAGGUAACAGGGCAGCAUUCAAGUUGUACACGGAGACAUUAGGGUACAAGAUUCAUGAUGUAGAAGCAAAAUACUAUGCAGAUGGUGAAGAUGCUUAUGAUAUGAGGAAAUCAUUGAAAGGUAAGAAGCAGCCCAAAAACCAGCACCACCACCAUCAUGCCGGAGGGGGGUGUUGCUCUGGGGAAGUGAAAUCAGAUGGAAAGGAUGGUGUGACAGAAGGGAGUGACCAUUGAUAGGAUAGGUGUGUAGCUUACCGGUUUUCAUUUUUCUUUCUAAAAUCCACUUCUUGCACGUUUAUGCUCUUUCCUUUACACCCACCAAUUGUCAUCAAUCUUAAAUGUAUCUUCAGAUCCCAUCCUAUGUGUGUCUUUCAUAUAUAUACAAUAAUAAUACGAAGUAAGAAUUAAUUACAUAUUUAUGAUUUUAUGUGCCUGCCAGGCUGCCCGUAUGGCAACCCUACUUCAGC